AUGAUGGCACGCAACAGUGUGCGACUGAUUGUUCGACAACAACCAGUACGAGCUCAAGUCGUUCAAGAGAACAACCCAAAAAACCGGAAGCCGAUAGAUCCACCUCCCAUCAUCGAGCUCAAGUACGACGAUCCCCGAGAUGCAGCGAAUAGCCAGUGGCUGGUGAGCCCUCGAACAUUCAUGAUGGUCACGUUGAUUCUCUGCAAAGAUGGAGGGGAAGAAUUGAUGCCCGGGAGAAAUCUCAUCGGACAGACCGUCUCUUCAUUGCACAGACUGAAGGACAUCAACAACAAAGAUGGCGGAUUCUUCGUCUUUGGGGAUAUCUCAGCCCGUAAAAUUGGGCAUUACAAGCUUCGCUUCAGCCUCUUCGAUACUGCCAAGGAUAGCGAUCAAGUCGUCUACAUGAGUGGCAUUGAUUCAGAUGUUUUCCCCGUAUUGGCGCAGAGGGACUUUGGCAGCAUGUCUGAGUCGACGCACCUGACGCGUACGUUUUCGGACCAAGGGGUCAAGCUUCGAGUGCGCAAAGACAACCGUGCCGGGUCUGGCAUUGGCACAAAGCGGGCGUUCAACAAUGCGUCGCCGCAAGACACAUCAUCUCCUGCGAAUCACCCAGGCAUCUUCGGAGGUGCGGUCCAAGACCACUAUAUGUCCUCCGCUCAGUCUCCCGCUGCAAAACGACAUCGAUCCAGCGGCGACUACGACUCCGCGCACAUGUAUCAGUCCCAGCACAUGCCUGUUGGAGAGCCUCCAGCUCCUCACUACAACAAUUCGAUGUCCUCGGGGAGUCGCACGUGGGCAUCCAGCGAUCAACAACGCGUCUCUAACAGCUACGGACCGCAAGCUCACUCGCCCCUUAACAUACCGAUUAUGAAUCGCCAGCAACCCAUGGGACCUCAGACACCAGUGAGCUGGCAAACGAUCCACCAGCAGAGCGCUUUGCCAUCACCAACCUCUACCGGCAGCAACCAGCAGCCUGCUUAUCCAACCUCCGCGGCGGUUUCGCAGCAGCAGACGUUCGGCGAUCCAGGCGCAACAGCAGCGGCAAGCGCGGUCCCCCGCCAGUACUAUAACAACAGUUACUAUACACAGACACAAGGGCAAUAUCCGGGACAAGCGCAGGGAGAUGUUGGCCCUUCAUAUCCAGAUCUGAGCUCGAUAUCCGACGGCGCUGCUCUAUCCUCUGGUCACAACUUAGGAUACAGUACGGGAUACCUGCCAACAGGUGGGAUCUAUCCCGCUGAGCCGGGCGACGUACCGGGAGGAUUCCCUGCCUACGGCGCCGCAGACCAGAAGUUCUAG